AUGGAUCCCUGCAGCUUGCAAAUCUUCCAGAAAGAACUCAUCUGCUCCAUCUGUAGGAACUGCUUCAUAGACCCCAUCACCACAGACUGUGGGCACAGCUUUUGCAGGCCCUGUUUCCACCUCAGCUGGCCGAACAGGUCAGUUAUUCCUCGCUGCUCUGUAUGCCAGAAAAGAAUCCAGCAGAAAGACUUUCACACAAAUGCCUUUCUCAAAAAAAAGGUUCUCAUUGCCAGACAAGCCUAUCUGGGGCAUUUUCUACGUUCUAAGGAGAAUGGGUGCAGGAUACACAUGGAAGCAAAGCAGAUCUUCUGUGAGAACCAGAGGAGCCUGCUCUGUUUGCACUGCUCUACCUCCAAGGAGCAUGAGGCUCACAGACACUGUUCAGUGGAAGAGGCAAUUGAAGAACACAGGGAGAAACUCCUCAAGACAAUGUGUUCUUUAUGGGAGAAAUGUUGUGAAAAUGACAGAAACCUGAAUGUGGAAACUGUCACAACCAGAUCUUGGGAGGUGUAUGUGAAUUCAAAAAGCGAAGCGAUCAGAACUGAAUAUGGUAAUUUGUCUCUCUUGCUGGGUCCAGAAAAGGAUAAUCAUUUAGAGAGACUGAAAAGAGAAGGCAAGGAGAUUUUUGAACAGCUCAAGGCCAGUGAAGCCAGCAUGGCACACAAGAGGGAGCUUUUAAGAGGAAUGUAUACAGAGCUGAAGGAAAUGUGCCAUAAACCAGAUGUAGAGCUGCUCCUGGAUUUUGGAGACAUAUUGCAUAGGAGUGAGCAGGUGCAGCUGCACAUGCCUCAGCCUCUGCAGCCAGAACUCACUGCACGUCCCAUCACUGGACUGAUGGACAGGCUCAACCCCUUCCGAGUGCAAGUUUCCUUCACUGGUGAAAUAACCCCUGAGAAUAUACGGUUGUUUGAUGACGUGAGAAGUCUGAGGUUUAUGGGUGAUGCUCUACAUGUGUCUCUGGAUCCUGGAACAUCUAACUCUUUUGCUGCAUGGGGAAACCGUGUCUUCAAGUCUGGCAAGCAUUAUUGGGAGGUGUAUGUGGACAAGUCUUGGGACUGGGCUGUAGGGGUAUGUAAGGAACCCUGGAUGGAGACGAAUGGCACAUUGACUGAAUGUAAGGACACGUUUCUUCUUAUACAUGUGAAGGAGGAUAAUCAUACGACUCUCUGGACCACUGCCCCGAUGGCUCGUCAAUACAUACAAAAACCUCUGUCCAGGGUCGGUGUGUUCCUUGAUGUUGACAAUAGAACUGUAAGUUUUGUGGAUGUUGCGAGGUGUUCUCUCAUUAAGCAUUCCUUCAUUAGGCAUUCCCCAUUUCAGGAUUAUGUAG